GUGCAAUCAACAGAUGGCAUUCGACCAGAACCGAUUUUUUUCCAACCCAUAUUCCAGGAAUUCCUCGGCCUAGUCAUCUUUGAUCUCAGACACAGCACACCCGCAUAGAUCUCGGCAUGGUGAUUUUGAACUUCACGCUGAGCGAAGAGGGGGUGGCUGUGCUUCACGAUGCUCUGGCUUGCAUGUUCAAGUUCAGCGACGAUGUCUGCUUGGAGGCCAGGAAGGACAAGUUGACCCUGACUACGCUCAAUAUCUCAAAGUCGGCCUAUGUCUGCUUCUCCUUCGCCGCACACCGUUUCUUCUCGCGUUACAGCUUCGAGGGCACCCCCCAGUACAGGGACCGCUUCUUUUGCCAGCUCUACAUCCGCUCUCUCCUUACCAUCUUCAGAGCACGUCAGGGGAGUGCAGAACAGUCACGGGAGAGGGAUGCAUCGAUAGAACGCUGCGAUGUGGCAAUCGACGACGGCGUUGGCAAGAAGAGUCGCCUUGUUGCGAGGGUCUCGUUCAGGAACGGCAUCACGGCAUCGCACUCCCUGCCAUACGAGGUCAAGCCCCCAACCCAUGCCAAGUUCAACAGAGACGAAGCAACAAAUCGGUGGGUUAUUUCGUCGCGGACAUUGCGCCAGCUUAUGGAUCACUUCGGCCCGGGCAUAGAGCUCCUCGAUAUCAAUACAGACGAUGAGGCCAGGGUUGUGAACUUCACAUGUUUUACGGAGAAGGUGCAGAAGCGCGGUGCUGUCAGCAACGAAGCUGUCCUCAAAAAGCCCCUCCACACUAACAUUGCGGUUGAGAUGGACGAGUUUGAUGACGUCGAAGUCCAAGACAAGCUUCACAUCAUCAUCAGCGUCAAAGACUUCCGCGCCAUUCUCCAGCAUGCCCAAAUGACCAGCGGGGCGCUGACAACAAGCUACUCAAACCCUGGGCGUCCUAUGAAGCUGUCGUACAACACCGACGGCGUCCUGUGCGAGUUCAUCCUCAUGACGGUUGGUGAACAGGAUGCCUUGACCAAGAAGCACAAGAAUCCCCGGGCGACUACUGCAAAGACCGCCGAACCGCAGCUCGAUUCAGCAUCGCACCGGGGAAGCUCUGUCGCAAAUGACAACCAGCAGGGCCCGCCGCCGCCUGCAUCUCGGCCUCCCCAACACAAGACUCCGGCCGGGCAUCGCCAGCCAGCAUUCGAAAUUCGACCAUCUCCCAUGCCGCCUCCCAUGACGGCUCGAUCCGACUCGCUGUUUGUUGACCAGGCCGAGGACGACGAGCAGUGGGAGCCCGUUAACCCAGACGAGGAGGAAGAAGAGGAGAAUGGAAGACUGGAGUGGAACACCACCAACGAACCGAACCCGUCGUCCCUGCGCAUCGGAAGCUAUCUUUCUCGACAGACCGAGCCUCAGGAAGGACCUCCCGAGCGCCUCGCCUCGGGCCUUGAGCCGACCCAGCGACUCUCCGAGGUCCGCCGUUUCGGCUUGUUUUCUCCCUGAUCAAGGAGCAGUCGCCAUCGUGUGGCUUGCUUUGCAUAGCUUGGGCGUUGGUGGUUUAGGAUUUGUUGAAUCAUUGUGAGGAGUAGCGCGGCGUGAUU